AUGUACUCUCUAUUUAAUUUUAACACUUUACUUGGGCUUGGGAAUCGAAGACUUGCAAAAACCGUGUUUUCUGGAACUUUAAAGAAUUUUAGUUCAACAAAAGUUUUUAAUAUCAAAUCUUUACCAAGGGUUUUCAAUAAUCCAAAUGAAAAAUCUAAUUUGGUUUAUCAAUCUUUUAUUCGACCAUCAAUAUUACCAUAUUUUGGUAAAGUUUCAUUAAAUGCUUUUGAUAACUCUAUUCGUCUGAAGACAGUAUAUAAAUAUAAAAUGAAAAGUCACUCUGGAACCAAAAAAAGAUGGAGAGUUACAGGUCGUGGGAAAUUCAAACGUGCUCGACCCGGUAAAGCACAUCUUAAUACAGGGGUUUCACGAGCGCAUUUACUUCGACUACGAAAAACUGCAUAUUCUCAUAGGACACAAAGAGAUCAACUGAAAAAGCUUUUACCCUAUGCCUUUUAG